UUAUCCCUCCAAAGAUUGUUGCAUUUGGGGCAUAGCACUUGGCAUCAUCAUGCAUGGAGUUGGCUACAGAAUUGUUGGAGCUACAUAUGUCAAUUGAUUAUUACUGUAAAUUUACUGAAAGAAAUGAGUUUGGUAUUGAACAACUAUAUAUAGUCACAACUCACAUCAUCUCUCUUUCAAUAUAAGCAUUGCGAUGAACUACCCAGUUGUUCAAGAAACAACCCAGCACCUUUCACAAAACAUCCACAAUUUUAAUCUCAUUUACAGAGCCAUAUGCAACAAUCUCUUGUACCUAACCCAAUCAAGGUCCUUACCAAAAGGGCUAGCUUUACAUGCUCACAUUAUCAAAUCAGGCAUUCAAAUAAUCCCACUUGUUUCACACCACUUAAUCAACUUCUACUCAAAGCUCCAACGCCCAAUUGAUUCCAUACUAGUUUUCCAUGAAACCCAUUUCAAGUCUUCCACUACUUGGAGUUCAGUUAUCUCUUCUCUUUCCCAAAAUGAACAACCAAUUCUUGCUUUACAAUUUUUUCGGGAAAUGUUGCAUAAUGGGGUAAGGCCAGAUGAUCAUAUUUUCCCUUGUGCAACCAAAGCCUGUGGGAUUCUUUCUGAUUAUCGUAUUGGCCAAUCCAUUCAUUGCUUUGCAUUCAAAAUUGGGUUUCACUCUGAUGUGUUUGUGGGGAGUUCUGUGGUCGAUAUGUAUGCCAAAUGCGGAGAGAUUGAGAUUGCUCGGAAAGUGUUUGAUCAAAUGCCUGAAAGAAAUGUGGUUUCUUGGAGUGGAAUGAUAUAUGGGUAUGCUCAAAUGGCUGAGGAUGAGGAAGCUUUGAGGCUUUUCAAGCUUGCUUUAUGUGAAGGUUUGGAUGUCAAUGACUUUACCUUUUCCAGUGUGAUUCGGGUGUGUGGGAAUUCCACCUUGCUUGAAUUAGGGAAGCAAAUACACGGUUUGUGCUUGAAAACUAGCUAUGAUUCAUCGACCUUUAUUGGGAGUGCCCUGAUAUCAUUGUACUCCAAGUGUGGUCUUGUUGAAGGUGCUUAUCGUGUUUUUAAUGAGGUUCAAGUUAGGAAUUUAGGGAUGUGGAAUGCGAUGUUGAUUGCUUGUGCUCAGCACGGGCACACAAAAAAGGUAUUUGGCUUGUUUAAAGAAAUGGAGGGUAUUGGAAUGAAGCCAAAUUUUAUUACCUUUUUAUGUGUGCUAUAUGCUUGUAGCCAUGCUGGGCUGGUUGCCGAAGGGAAAUUUUACUUUGAUUUAAUGAAGAAGCAUGGAGUUGAGCCAGGGGAUCAACAUUAUGCUUCCCUUGUGGACUGUCUCGGCCGAUCUGGAAAAUUACAAGAGGCAGUUCAAGUUAUUGAGAAGAUGCCAAUGCAACCAACAGAAUCUGUUUGGGGAGCUUUGUUGACUGGCUGUAGAAUCCACAGGAACACUGAAUUGGCAGCUUAUGUGGCGGACAGGCUCCUUGAGUUAGGUCCUGUUAGCUCAGGCGUACAUGUGCUACUGUCCAACGCAUAUGCUGCUGCUGGUAGAUAUCAAGAGGCUGCCAAAGCUAGGAAGAUGCUCAGAGACAGAGGUGUGAAAAAGGAAACUGGUUUGAGUUGGGUUGAGGAGGGAAAUAAAGUACACACAUUUGCUGCUGGAGAUAGGUCUCACUCAAAGUCUAAGGAGAUAUAUGAAAAGUUGGAUGAAUUAGGUGAUUACAUGGAGCAAGCUGGGUAUGUUGCGGACACAAAUUAUGUGUUGCAACAGGUUGGUGGCCUGGAAAAGAGUGAGACUAUCAGGCAUCACAGUGAAAGACUAGCCAUUGCUUUUGCACUUAUCACCUUUCCACCCGAAAGGCCUAUUAGAGUUAUGAAAAACUUGCGUGUAUGUGGCGAUUGUCACAAUGCAAUAAAGAUAAUUUCAAAGUGCACCAAAAAAGUAAUUAUACUGAGGGAUAACAAUCGAUUUCAUCGCUUUGAGGAUGGGAAAUGCUCGUGUGGUGACUAUUGGUGACUGAACAGGUGUUCAAUCAGAUAAUGGCUCCCUUCUCUACUAUAUGCCUGGCUAUAAUCCUUACAGUGCUGGAUAUGUGGGAGGCGAUGGGAAGCAGCCUUAUCUAUCGUCUAGAUAUCUUCAGCAACCUGUCUCAUAUGGUUCAGCCAUGUUAUUCAUGGGGUUCGGCGUACUGUGCUUAUAUCACCAAUGGUGCUGCUCCCAAAUCCGGGAACGUUAAAUCAACUUUUC